AUAAAAACAUUAAAACCCGCUCUAACCUGAACCAAACAGAGGGAAGUGGUUGGUCGACAGUUAAAAUCUGGGCGUUUAAUUUCCUUCUAAACCUUCAUUUUCAGGAAGAACCACAGGCUGCUGAUCAGCUCCACUUUCAAUUCAACAAAAGCUUCAAACGACAGAAAUGAGUGGAAACAGAAACACUGAAGCCGAAGAAGGAGGAAGAGGAAGAUGGCUUCCUGCUCUUUGUGUGGCUGCUGCAGGAGCUGUUGGUCUUUAUCUUUGGUGGCAGAAUCGUGAAGCCCAAAAAAAGAUUGAAGAGAUGGAAGUAAAGCUCAUGAGAAACAGUCUGUACAUCCACCGCAGUCAGGUUGUUCCGUUUAUCGAAUUUUUUUCUACGUUUUCAAGUCCUCCAGAAGAGAAAAGAAACGCUGUACGCAACGGUUAUGCAACCAAAGGAACACAGUUCCUUUUGUCAGAGCUGGACGACUUGGAGGAUCUGCUGGUGGAAAGGCAGCGUCUCUACUGCAGCUACUUCACCAGGAAGUCUCGACUGGAGCUGAUGGAGAAGAAGAUAAAGGACAACGCCAAUAUUUUGAUUUGGUACAAUUUAAUAAAAAAAGAGGAGUUGGAUAAAAUCUUCUGUGAAGAUCGUCACUGUGCUUCCUGUGUCUCGUACCUGUGGACUGGAGACAGAAGAAAAAAUGGAAAAGUGAUGUGGGAGAUGCUGGAAGGCUGGAGGAAAGCGGCGACGGAAAAUAUCAAAGACGAGGACUUCAAAAAAGUUUUCGAGGACAAAGAAAAUUUCCGGUCUACUUUUCAGCGCUGAUUAAAUUUGGUCAUGAGAAAACUUUACUCAGCAGGGGUUUCAGGAAAUCUAAAACCAAAUGUUGAUCAAUGUUGUUAUUAUUUAAUGGGAGUUAAUGUUCAAUUCUGCUUGGUGUCAUAAGAGCCUUUAGAGGGACAUAAUUAUACAAACAUUUCCAAUCAAGAAAAUUAUAGAUGUAGAUAUAGAUAUAGAUGAUUAUAGACUGUCUUGGGAAAACAGUGUCUUCAGUCAGAGGCUUCUUCAAAUUCACUGUAACAGACUGCUGCAGGAGAUCUUUCAGCUAACAGCCAUCACCAUCUACAACAACUCUGAAGAAUUUUAUUGAGUUACAUUAAUUUCAUUCCCCUUUGAGAUCAAUGAAAUAUUCUUGAAUUUGAAUUUUGAGUUUCUCUUUCGUUUCAUCAUCAUCAGCAGCUGCGUUUCCAUCACAAAUGUGCACAA